UUUUCUGGCACCUUCUGGGCGCCGCGAACGCUCGGAUCUCGGGCUCGGAGGCCGGAAACGUCGCUACGGAGCCGCAGGGCAUCCCGCACGGAGGCCCUUUCUUGUUCUCCGCGGAGGCCGCUCCGUCAGCGUAGACAUGGCCAAAUGGGGCCAGGGGGACCCGCGCUGGAUCGUGGAGGAGCGGGAGGACGGGACCAAUGUGAACAACUGGCACUGGACAGAGCGGGAUGCUACCAGCUUGAACAAGGGGAAGCUCCGCAACCUCCUGGUAGGCAUCGUCGUGGAGAAUGAGACUGGACACCGUGUAAUCAGUGAGCUGAGGCGGGUAGAAGAAUCUGGUGCAAAGCACAAGGGAUUGAUUGAAAUACUCAGCCUUUCUGAAGAAAAUGAAGUAGAUGACACCGAGAUGAACGUGAGUAAAAAGAAAGGAGAUGGGGAUAUACGGAAGGAUCUUAUGAAAACUGCAGGUACCGCCAAGUUAUCCUUUGGAACAUCUACUCUUCUUGAGAUUCAGGCUUCAUCUCCAACAGGUUUGGGUGUGAGGAUCCCCACGGUGACACUGCACAUGACCGAACUGUUUGACCCAACUGUAGAGCAGCUGUACAGCAUCUUCACUGUGAAAGAUCUGGUGCAGAAAUUUUCUAAAUCUCUUGCUAUAUUAGAAGCUGAAAAAAGAGGGACAUUCCAAAUGUUUGAUGGGAACAUCACCGGCGAAUAUGUAGAAUUGUUGACAAAUAAAAAGAUCGUCAUGAAAUGGAGACAUAGGAACUGGCCAGAAGAACACCAUGCGACAGUUGCACUGAGUUUUGUGCCUACUCCAGGGCAAAUGGAAUUGCAGUUGGACUGUAAAGGAGUUCCUGUUUGUAAAGAAGAGGGCAUGAAAUCCUGUUGGCAGAAGCAGCAUUUUGAAGAAAUAAAAUGUUUACUGAAGCUGACUACCCUAAAUGGUUGAAUUAGAAGAUUUUGUAAGUCUACCUCUUCUCAAUCCUUUUAAAAAAGAAAACACCCUUAAUUUAUAUUGGAUGAAAUCCAUGACCUCUUACAGAAUUCAAAACAUUGUUUGAAUCUUUACUA